ACAAUUGGGCCCUCCAAUAACAUUCUUUUAGCCCACAGUCUGGGCCCUAAAGGCCCAGACCAUGCCACGGGGAGAACAGGUGUAAAUUUGUUUGCAACGGAGAAGGAAAAGCCCUAGAGACCUAGCCACAGGACAGACCGCACUAUUUAAAAGAGGACCGACACACACCCGAUUAAUCUUCAGUUUCUCCUUCGUUUCUCUGCCGGCGGGCCUAUCGGUGCUUACAAUCCAGACUCCUCAGAUGGAGCUGUGUACGAGCCAAGCCUUCUCGAAUCCCUCUCAAAUGCUCCAGCUCAACCGCCGCCGGAUUCUCUCCGCGAACUCCCUUCCCCUCCGCAGCCCGCCUCAGUAUCUCUUCCCCAGGCGAAUAUCAGUCACUCAAUCCGCUCUCGGCCUAUACUCCCGAAACCUUGACUUUAUGAAGUCCUUGCCAAGAGCAGCAUCAUCUGAAGAAACAUCAAGUGGAGCUAACAAGUAUGCUGGGGAAGAACGUGAUGGUGCAGUAGCCGUAGAAGAUGUUCCAACAGUUGAAAAGAGUGUGUACAAUGAAAAUUUGCAACCUGAAGUACCUAAAGCAGAGUCGCCUUCAGAUGAGCAAAUGCUGAGUUCUGACUUUUUGAGUAAACUUGACAUUAAGCUCGACUCAGAAGAUUCAUAUUUAUUUCUUAUAUACGGUGGUGGUGCCUUGGUUACCCUGUGGUUAGCUUCGGCCAUUGUUGGUGCUAUUGACUCUAUUCCUGUGUUCCCCAAGUUGAUGGAAGUUGUGGGUCUUGGCUACACAGUCUGGUUCAGCACACGCUACUUGAUCUUCAAGAAAAACAGGGAUGAGUUGGUUGCAAAAAUUGAGGAGCUCAAGCAGCAGGUUCUUGGCUCAGAUUGAUACACAACUGUUUCAUAGAUCUUGUAAUUGUGUAGCAUUUAGGCCAUAUUUAUCCUCCAUCAAAGUGAGCGAUAUCUUGUCUUCUUUCAUCGCACUGAAGCAAAGACUAAAAACCUGGAUGGCUUUCAUUUUAAGGAGAUAGGAGACGACCUGGAGGUCCAUGAAGGUCUUGGCUUAUUAGGGUAUACAUUUGGCUAUGUUUAAUUUUGUCUGUCUAUGUUUAUUAUUGAUGCAAAAUGUUUAUAGUAGAAAAAACUAGCUGCAGCAUGUUCAACCGAGCAGGUGGUAGAAUGAGUGACCGGAUUGUAAAUCUGUGGGUUUGUGUAGAUAUUCUUCGAAUUGAGGGUUUUAGGGUUUUAAGUUAUGGAAUAUUCAAUAGUUUUCUAUUCUUAAUAUAGAUUAUGCUGAGAUGAAA